AUGAGUAAGGAAGAUGACGAAUUGAAGGAAAUAUGGUCGCUUUUCAGCUCCGAGGACUCUAGUGUGAAUGAAAAGAGAAAGCAGAUCCAUUCCCAGUACCAAAAUCAAACUUUGAGUUCAUUUCCAGACCAUCUCUCCAUCACAACGGCCUUUGACGAAGUCCUUCAAUGUUUUUCACUUGGAGGUCAAGUAAAGCACUACUAUAGAUACGGUUCAUACUCAUUAUGCCAAUCUCAGAGAGAAAAGUUCUGGUUUUCGGUUACAAACGGAACCUUUAGCCAAGACAAGAAGGCACCUGACUUCACUCAAGCAGACAUGGAGAGAAGACAAAAAAUCCAAGAGUACUACAAGAAAAAAUUGCUCGAGCAAAAGGCUGCUGGGAGUUCUGAAGACGUUUGGGAUGCUAGAACUGAAUUGUUGGAUAGACCGUUUGAAGAAAAUAGGGGAUAA